CCACCACAUCGGGUUAGAUUUUCUAUUUUUAUUAGAGAAAGGGUUUCACUGUUUCUCAGGCUGGUCUGGAACUCCUGAGCUCAAGCAAUCGACCCGCCUCAGACUCCCAAAGUGCUAGGAUUAUAGGAGUGAGCCACUGCACCUGACCAGGAAGGAUAGAAAAUCUGUCACUUUCCCCAGUAUCCAGCCCGGAAGGGGAACCUCGGCUACUCGCUCCAAACACUUAGAGUAGCACUGGGUUUCUCUGUAAGUGGAAGCCGCAGGCUGGCGCUUCGUCAGGGGUUUUAGCAUCAAGAUUCUAGUUCUCACGAGACUUGCUAGAGGAGCAGGAAGUAUCUUUUUUUUUUUUUUAGAUAGAGUCUCACUUUGUCACCCUCGGUAGAGUGCCUGGUCAUCACAGCUCACAGCAACCUCCAGCUCUCGGGAUUAGGAGAUUCUCUUCGCUCAGCCUCCCGAGUAGCUGGGACCACAGGCGCCCGCCACAACGCCCGGCUAUUUUUUUGUUGCAGUUUGGCCGGGGCCGGGUUUGAACCCGCCACCCUCGUUAUGUGGGGCCGGCGCCCUACUCACUGAUUCACAGGCGCCGCCCAGGAAGUAUCUUUUUACAGCGAAGGCUGGCGAGUGAGGGAAGGUACCCAGUGGAGGUGUACAGCCAGGGCAGGGGGGACGGGCUGUCCUUGGAUAGAGAAGGGUUGAGUCCUGGCCCUUUAAACUUCAGGGGGAGGGUCCGGAAGUGGAGGGGCGGGACAAAGGCCCUUCUAUAAAAACGGGCCCCAGCCGCGCGGAGUCUCUAAUCUGCCAUUUUCUGUCUGUAGAUAAGUCUUUGGCGCCCCAUAUUCUUUCUGUUUUCUUCACAGGCUCUGUUCCCCUACUUGCUUACCACUUCACGGGAACGAUGGCCACAGAGUCCACAGCCACUGCCGCCAUCGCCGCGGAGCUGGUUUCUGCCAGAGUUGAAGAUGUUCCUGUGCCUUCUACCUCUGCAGAUAAAGUGGAGAGUCGGGAUGUGGAUAGUGAAGCUAAGAAAUUACUGGGAUUAGGACAGAAACACCUGGCGAUGGGUGAUAUUCCGGCAGCUGUAAAUGCAUUCCAGGAAGCAGCCAGUCUUUUAAUGAAGAAUGGUGUUGUGGGAAAUGGCUUGGAAGGUGUGCAUGUGGAAGAGAAAGGAGAAAAAACAGAAGAAUCUCUGGUAGAAAAUAACGAUAAUAUAGAUGCAAACCAUCCCAUGACAAUGGAUCGUGUAGAGAAGAACAUUAAGAAAAGAAAAUACAGUGAAGAUUUUUUACAGUAUGGUUUUACCUCAAUAAUUACAGCAGGAAUUGAGAAACCACAAUGUGUUAUUUGUUGUGAAGUUCUAUCAGCCGAAUCUAUGAAGCCGAACAAACUGAAACGCCAUUUUGAUAGCAAGCACCCGAGCUUUGCCAGCAAAGAUAUCAACUAUGUUAGAAGCAAAGCUGAUGGACUCAAGAAAGCCAGACUUGGCACUGGUGGCAAGUACCACAAAGAAAACGUAGCAGCCGUUGAAGCUUCAUAUUUGGUGGCACUCAGAAUCGCCAGAGCUAUGAAACCUCACACCAUUGCUAAGGAUUUACUGUUGCCAGCAGCCAAAGACUUUGUUCGAGUUAUGAUCGGAGACGAGUUUGUUACGAAAUUGAGUGCAAUUUCCUUAUCUAAAGACACUGUCCGUAGAAGAAUAGAUGACAUGUCUGCUGAUAUUCUUGAUCAGGUAAUCCAGGAAAUUAAAUCUGCUCCGCUUCCAAUAUUUAGUAUCCAGCUUGAUGAAUCUACAGAUGUUGCAAACUGUUCACAGUUACUGGUUUACGUGAGGUAUAUUAAUGAUGGCGACUUUAAAGAUGAGUUCCUUUUUUGCAAACCUCUUGAAAUGACAGCUACUGCAUAUGAUGUGUUUAACAUGGUUAGUUCAUUUCUGAAGGAGCAUAAGAUUUCUUGGGAAAAGGUUUGUGGAGUUUGCACAGAUGGUGCUCCAGCUAUACUAGGAUGUCAAUCCGAAUUUCAACGUUUGGUACUGAAUGAGUCACCAAAAGUCAUCGGAACUCACUGUAUGAUUCAUCGGCACAUAUUAGCAAUGAAGACGCUGCCACAAGAGUUACGAGAAGUAAUGAAAAGCAUUGUAAGUUCUGUCAAUUUUCUAAAGGCGAGCACUUUAAACAAUCGACUGUUUUCUCAACUCUGCAGUGAGUUGGAUGCGCCAAACAAUGCUCUGCUAUUUCACACUGAAGUGAGAUGGUUGUCAGGAGGAAAAGUUUUAAAACAUGUUUUUGAGCUUCGUGAUGAACUCAAAACGUUUUUUAAUCAGAAAGGAAGACCGCAGUUUGAAGCACUUUUCAGCAAUAACUGUGAACUGCAGAAAAUAGCUUACUUGGUUGACAUCUUUGCCAUCUUGAAUGAGUUAAAUUUAUCACUGCAAGGACCAAAUGCAACAUGCCUUGAUUUGUCUGAAAAGAUCCAGUCAUUCCAAAUGAAACUUCGGCUUUGGCAAAAAAAAUUGGAUGAAAAUAAAAUUUACAUGUUGCCUACCUUAUCUGCUUUCUUUGAGGAACAUGAUAUUGAACGAGACAAAAGGAUUACAAUGAUAAUUUCUGUGAAGGAACACUUGCACAUGCUUGCAGAUGAAAUUACAUCGUACUUUCCAAAUCUACCUGACACCCCAUUUGCACUUGCCAGAAGCCCAUUCACAGUCAAAGUUGAAGAUGUUCCUGAGACAGCACAGGAGGAGUUCAUUGAACUUAUUAACAGCGAUGCAGCGAGAACUGAUUUCUCUACAAUGCCAGUUACAAAAUUCUGGAUCAAAUGUUUGCAGUCAUAUCCAGUUCUAUCUGAGACUGUGUUGCGCCUUCUUCUUCCAUUUCCAACAACAUAUCUUUGUGAAACAGCGUUUUCCAGCUUGUUGGUUAUCAAGUCUAAAUACAGAAGUAGACUUGUUGUGGAAGGUGAUCUUCGUUGUGCUCUUGCAAAGACUGCCCCGAGAAUUACUGAUCUGGUGAGAAAGAAGCAAUCUCAACCUUCCCACUGACAUUGGCUUUUUUAUCAAUACUGUCGCAAAAUGUAGCAAUGCAGUUGACUGUUGUUAUAUUAAGACUUGCCCAUGCUACACCAUGCUUCAAGACAAAAUUUCAUUUAUUUAUAAUUAGAAAUAAAUAUUUCUGGGCAGCGCCUGUGGCUCAGUGAGUAGGGCGCUGGCCCCAUAUGCUGAGGGUGGCGGGUUCAAACCCAGCCCCGGCCAAACUGCAACAAAAAUAAAAAAAAAUAGCCGGGCGUUAUGGCAGGCGCCUAUAGUCCCAGCUGCUCGAGAGGCUGAGACGAGAAUCGCGUAAGCCCAAGAGUUAGAGGUUGCUGUGAGCCACGGCACUCUACCCGAGCACGGUACAGUGAGACUCUUUGUCUCUACAAAAAAAAAAAAAAGAAAGAAAGAAAUAUUUAACAGUAUUUUACCUUUGUUUGUUUGUUUGGUUUUGUUUCUUUUCUUUUGAGACAGAGUUUCAAGCUAUUGCCCUGGGUAGAGUGCUGUGGCAUCAUAGCACUCAUCAACCUCCAACUCUUAGACUUAAGCCAUUCUCUAGUCUCAGCCUCCCAAGUCCUGGGACUACAGAUGCCCACCACAAUGCCUGCCUAUUUAUUAGUUGUAGUUAUUGUUUGGCAGGCCCGGGCUGGAUUUGAACCAGCUACCUCUGGUGUAUGUGGCUGGUGCCCUAGUCACUUGAGCUACAGGCGUCAAGCCAUGAGAACUAUAUUAAAGGGUCGUGGCUCUAGGAAGUUUGAGAACUGGCCUAGGCAAUAGAGUCAGACAAGUAGACAAGCCAAGGCUGGUAUGAUCAUUCCAUACUGCUAUCAGAGACCCAGAUUUCUUUUAAUCCAUAGCAAGCACCUUCUUUUUUUUUUUUUUUUUGAGACAGACCCAUCCUGGAUUGAGUGCCAUGGAUUCACAGCUCAUAGCAUCAUCAAACUCUUGGGCUCAAGUGAUUGUCUGGCCUCAGGCUCCCCAGUAGUUGGGACUACAGGUGCUCAAAACAUGGCCAGUUAAUAUCUAGGUUUUAUAUUUUUAUUUAAAAAAA